ACUAUAUUAAUAAACAUUCAGCUGCAUAAACAUGCACAACACAAAAUGACGUUUAUUUUUUGUGAGACCUAGUCUUGUGUCUUGGUUGAAAGUAACCGCGAAAGGGACCGAGUUUAGCUCGCGGUAGCUGCAAUUCCUCCCACUCUCCGGUUCGCUCCAUCUCCAUGAUUUCCGUGGGAAGAGCAGCGGAGCCUCUAUGGCAGACUUUCAGGAAUUGCGGAAGCGUCAGAAACGACCCACCGAGAAGUAUUAACUUCUCACCUUUCUCGCGUUUCCCAACUCUGAUUCACACUACUCGCACUCGAAUUUGAUCGAUUUAUCGCCUCGUUCAGAUUGUUUAAGUCAGGAAACCGUGUGUUUUCUGUGGCUGUUGCGAUGGCCGGUGGCGGCGGCGUGUCGCCCCUGGGGCUAGCGCCUCCGUUGUGGUAUCACCGGGACCUGAGUCGAGCUGCUGCCGAGGAGCUGCUGGCCCGCGCGGGACGCGACGGGAGUUUCCUGGUUCGGGACAGCGAAAGUGUUAACGGGGCGUACGCCCUGUGUGUGCUGAGUGAGUGUAAGUUCUAUCAGCAGUAAUGCUGAGUUUGACAGACAGCAGCAGGUUGAAACUCCCUCCAGAUCCCCAUCACACACUCGCAGACGUCUCAGGGGGUGCAGCCUAAGCGGUUUAAGAGCCUCCCAGAGCUGGUCCUGUUGUACCUCCAGCCCAGCCAGGGACUGGUCAGCACUCUACUGUACCCCGUAGACAGAGAGGAGAGCCUCCCAGAGGACAGGGACUACUCAGAUGGGGAAGAUGAGAAGCCGCCCCUUCCUCCUCGUUCCGCCUCCUCCUCCACAACACCUACAGGCUCCGCCCCGGAGACAUCAACCGACAGCGCCCCUGCUGCUAACGGCCUGAGCACCAUUUCCCAUGAGUAUCUGAAGGGAAGCUACGCUCUGGACCUGCAGGCUGUCAAACAGGGAGCCAGCUCUCUGCCCCACCUCAACAAGACACUGGUGUCCUCCUGCAAACGCCUCAACGGGGAGGUGGAUAAGGUUCUGUCUGGGCUGGAGAUCCUGUCCAAGGUGUUUGACCAACAGAGUGCCUUCAUGGUGUCCAAGAUGAUACAGCAGUCGGUGAAUCAGGGUGGAGAUCAGGAGUUGGAAAAUCUGGUCACUAAACUGGCUAUCCUCAAAGACCUACUGUCUUCUAUAGAGAAGAAGGCUCUGAAGGCUGUGCAGGAUUUGAGUGUGUCCACUCCCUCCUCUCUUCCUCCUCUCACACGCCACAGCAAACCCAUCCCUGUACAGGCCUUUGAGGUGAAGUUGGAUGUGUACCUGGCAGACCUGACUAAGAUAGGGAAGAGUCAGAAGCACAGUCUGUCUGUGGACGUGGAGGGAGGGAAGCUAGUGGUGAUGAAGAAGAUGAAGGACAACCAGGAGGACUGGAACACCUUCACACACCACAAGAUCCGUCAGCUGAUCAAGUCUCAGCGUGUUCAGAACAAGCUGGGCAUCGUGUUUGAGAAGGACAAGGAGAAGAGCCAGAGGAAAGACUUCAUCUUCGCCAGUGCUAAGAAGCGGGAGGCAUUUUGUCAGCUGCUGCAGCUGAUGAAGAACAAACAUUCCAACCAGGACGAACCAGACAUGAUCUCCAUCUUUAUAGGGACCUGGAACAUGGGUUCUGUGCCCUCCCCCAAGGCGGUGGGUUCCUGGCUGUUGUGUCGUGGGCUGGGGAAGACGCUGGAUGAGAUGACCGUCACUAUUCCUCAUGACCUCUACGUGUUCGGAACGCAGGAGAACUCUGUGUGUGACCGUGAGUGGGUCGACUCACUCCGCACCGCACUCAAAGAACACACAGAGCUGGAUUACAAACCGAUCGCGGUCCAGACUCUGUGGAACAUUAAGAUAGCGGUGCUGGUGAAACCAGAACAUGAAAACCGCAUCAGUCAUGUGGGAGUGUCCAGUGUUAAAACGGGCAUUGCCAAUACGCUGGGUAACAAAGGGGCAGUGGGCGUGUCUUUCAUGUUUAAUGGAACUUCCUUCGGCUUUGUGAACUGUCACCUGACAUCAGGCAACGAGAAGAUCGGCAGGAGGAACCAGAACUACCUGGAUAUCCUGCGGCUGCUCUCUUUAGGAGAUAAACAGCUGAGCUCCUUUGACAUCUCUCUACGCUUCACACACCUCUUCUGGCUUGGAGACCUUAAUUACAGGCUGGACAUGGACAUACAGGAGAUCCUGAACUACAUCAAUAGGAAAGAGUUUGAUCCUCUGCUGAAGGUGGACCAGCUCAACCUGGAGAGAGAGAAGAACAAGGUGUUCCUGCGCUUUGCGGAGGAGGAGAUAUCCUACCCACCCACCUACCGUUAUGAACGCGGGUCUAGGGACACAUAUGUGUGGCAGAAGCAGAAGGCCACAGGGAUGAGGACCAACGUCCCGUCUUGGUGUGACAGGAUCCUAUGGAAGUCUUACCCUGAGACUCACAUUGUCUGUAACUCCUAUGGCUGUACAGAUGACGUGGUGACCAGUGACCACUCCCCAGUCUUUGGUACAUUUGAGGUGGGGGUUACCUCGCAGUUCGUCUCCAAGAAAGGUCUGCCUAAGUCCUCUGAACAGGCCUAUAUUGAGUUUGAGAAUAUUGAGGCCAUAGUGAAGACGGCCAGCAGAACCAAGUUCUUUAUCGAGUUCUACUCUACCUGCCUGGAGGAGUUUAAGAAGAGUUAUGAGAAUGACAGUCAGAGCAGUGACAACGUCAACUUCCUGCGUGUGGGCUGGUCCAAUAAGCAGCUGACCACGCUGAAGCCCCUCCUCUCUGAGAUAGAAUAUCUCCAGGACCAACACCUGCUGCUCACCGUCAAAUCACUGGAUGGAUACGAGUCUUAUGGAGAGUGUGUGGUGGCUCUGAAGUCAAUGAUAGGCAGUACAGCACAGCAGUUCCAUACCUACCUGUCCCACAGAGGGGAGGAGACGGGUAACAUCAGAGGGUCUAUGAGGGUCCGCGUGCCAGCGGAGAGGAUGGGUACCAGGGAGAGGCUCUAUGAGUGGAUCAGUGUGGAUAAAGAUGAGACGGGAGUACCCAAAGGCAGAUCCACUCUGCCCCCCCGAUCAGGACACGACUACGUCAAGCCGUCUUUGACACACAGACACGUGGGGGCGGUGCUUGGGAAGGUGAGCGAGGAGGGAGAGAGGAGUACCAAGGAGGAUGGGACUGCAGCCAGGGCUAAGCAGGACUCUGCAGAGGGAGACCCCUCUGCCUGUAAAAACAACAGCUACAAUAACCCCGCCUACUACAUCCUGGAAGGCGUUCCUAACCAAUCAGCUGCCACCCUGUCCUCGGAGCUCCUCCCCUCCCCCUGCUCCCCUCCAGCCGGUAAGGCACCCCUGUCUGGAGGGGGGAGGCCCUCCUCAGGGUCCUCCCACCCCCGCAGGCACACGGCUGGACACCCUGUCCGGCCCAUCAAUGAGGAGGGGUCCUCGGAGGAUGAUGGGAUUGCAGUGGUGGGGGUGGUGUCAGGUGGAGGAGCGGGAGGCACACUGAACCGUCCUCCUCCUGACUUCCCCCCUCCCCCCCUCCCUAAAGGAGCACUGGAGAUGGCCGACAUCCCCUUCUCUAAACCCCGCCCCCUGUACCCCGACCUGGCUGAGGUGAAGAUCCCCGCAGCCAAUCCUAGUCCUGCCUUCGUCUUGGGGGAGGACUUUAGGAGGGGAGGGGCCGGGGGGCUGGACGACCAAUCGUGUUCGGUGCUGCAGAUGGCGAAGACACUGAGUGAGAGCGAGUACCCCCCUACCCCCCGUGCCCCCUCUGCACCCCCACACCUCAGAGGCCAGGGGUUGGGGGACGCCUGUCGCACCUUCCCUCCCCGAGCCCCCAUCACAGAGAGCAUCGCUGAAGAUCUACCAGAGGAAGCGCUGUGGGGAAGCAGUAGCUCGUCUCUCUCCGUGGGGGAGUGGCUACAGAGACUAGGGCUGGACCACUAUGAGGAAGGUCUGCUACACAACGGCUGGGACGACCUGGAGUUCCUCAGUGACAUCACAGAGGAGGACCUGGAGGAGGCAGGCAUUCUAGAUUCCGCCCACAAGAGGAUUCUUCUGGAGAGCCUGAGACAGCAGAAGCAGCAGAAGUGAGCUGAACCGGUCCAUGCUGAGCUGAGACGUGCUAAUCCAUGCCAGACUGUGCCUUCUGAGAGAAAUUGCACUCCAUUAUACUUUCUGUUGACCAACAGAUUUUUCUAACGUCCUUUUUUAGAUGUAUUGUACUGUGUUAGUGUCUUUAUGUUAAUAUGACUGUGGCUGUUGUGUUAGCCAGCCUUAUUUAAACAGUAGAAACAUUUCAGUCCUUUGUUAAUAAUCAAAACAUGGACCUCUACCCUGCCACCCGCAUAACAGACCCCGUCCCUCUCACCCCGCCCCGUCCCUCUCACCUCGUCCUGAGAAACCAUUCUGCUCCUGGGAUGUAGUAGACAUUCAGUGACAUCAUCAGGCUGCGACUUCUUCAGGCUUGCCUCAGCUAGAAAAACAGCUUGGUAGAACUGAGUUUGUUAUUGUUUUUAUUCCGCUCAUGAAUAUGAUUAUUAAUGACUAUCUGUUCAUUGGUUCUUGUUGUUGUUGUGUGUUUUCUGUUUUUGAGAUAAAGGGAAUGUAGCGAACCACACCAGCACAGACCUUCCUCUAUCAGUUUGACUGAACCUUUUGUUGAGCCGUGCUGGUGUCCAAGGCCCCUUUCCCUUUCAGUAGCACAAACUGCAGUACCCAUCAUGCAGUUGUCCAUGUACUAAUUUGUGUUUAAUGGAUGCUGAGCCAGCCUAAACACAGUGGGUCCCCAGGAUCCUUACUGAGAAACAAUGCCACACAUCACACGCUGCUGGUUGUUCUUUUCACCACAUGGUGGUGCUGUUGUCCUAGCAACCUCAGUAGGACCACAAGUAAUGUAUAUGUUGACGUUAUUUGACUGUUGUAAAAAAGAAAAAUGACUGUUGCACAAUGAGAGGAAACAGGAGAAUCUGAUGUUAUUAUCACCUUUAGCCCUAUAGCCUAUAGCAUUAGACCUCUCCCAUCCCUUCUCCUAUAACCCCCCUCCCAUCCCUUCUCCUAUACCCCCUCUCCCAUCCCUUCUCCUAUAACCCCCCUCCCAUCCCUUCUCCUAUACCCCCUCUCCC